AUGGCGGAAGAUCUUAGUUCAGAACAAAUUUUAGAUAAAGCUAAGGCAGAAAUAAAAUUCCUCAUUAACAAAAGAGGUCACAUGAAAGCCUCUCUAACUCGUUUCCAAACAUUUUUAAAUGCCUUACCCCAACUCGAGCUUUUAACUCCUUCAGACCUCGUCCAAAUUGAGACCAGGUUUAAAGCUGCUGAUUCCCUUUUGCAGGAAUUUGAACAAAUUCAAUUGGGUAUCGAAGACAUUUGUUUGAUGCACAAACUGCCUGAUGCUCAAGAUCAGACCGAGGUCAGAUCAGACUUCGAGGAAAAAUACUUCUCAAUAAUUUCCAAGGCAAAACUUAUAUUACAAGCCACCAACCUCAAAAAUGCUAGCAACAAUCCUGGUUUAACCGUUGAGACUCACCCUGAGCUCAGCAACAACCCUAUAAAUAAUAUGGCUAGUAUUUUAUCCACUAAAUUACCUCCAUUAUCCAUACCAGAGUUUUCUGGUUCUUACGAAUCAUGGACCCAGUUUCGUGGAACCUUCGAGGCUCUUAUUGAUAAAAAUCCCUCUUUACCCAAGGUGCAAAAAUUUUACUAUUUCCAGUCUGCCCUUAAAGGAGAUGCUGCCCAGAUAAUUAGCUCCCUUACAGCUACCGAUGGCAACUAUGCUGUUGCAUGGAAUUUACUCAAAGAGCGCUAUGAGAAUAAAAGGGCCAUAAUUCAUGCUCAUAUGAAAGCAAUUUUCAGCUUGCCAUCCCUCAAAGAAGAUAACCAUAUCCAGUUACGCAAAUUCUUAGAUAACUUUCAAAAACAUUAUCGAUGUUUAAAAAAUCUAGGUGAAAAUGUGGAUAACUGGGACACACCCUUAAUAUAUCUACUUACCUCAAAAUUUGGCCAACUUACACGUAGGGAAUGGGAAAUCUAUUCCAAGAAUUUUGAUAGCCCUUCAAUCCUUAACCUCACUACAUUCCUCACAGAGCGUUGCCACCUCUUAGAGUCAAUUGAUUUUAAAGUGCAAAAUAAACAUGAUCCAAAUCCUCAAAAGAGUUAUGGUACACCUAAGACAUUCACCAAUGCCGUUUUUGAAAAUAAAUGUCCUGUUUGUAAAGAUAGCCAUUUUGUCUAUGCAUGUGAGAAAUUCCUCAAACUUCCUGUGAGCGAAAAGUACAGUGAGGCGAAACGUCUAAAAUUAUGCACGAAUUGCCUACGUCCAGGUCAUUUUGCAUCUGUUUGCACAUCCAAACAUUCUUGUAGAGCUUGCCAGCGAAGGCAUCAUUCAUUGCUACAUUACCCCACAAAUAACUUUGAGAAAGAUUCCAGGCACAUAACCUCAAAUGUAAAUCCAAGUAUUAUUAAGCAACCCCCUCAAAAUACGCUUUCCGCCCAAAUAAGGGCAACCUCAAGCAAUAACCAUGAUGGUAUUAACCCAACACAGUUGCCCAAUCCUCAAAGAGGUAACAUAAAUCCUCAUCUUUGUGAAACCCCGAGUUUCUUGCCAUCGAAUCAAUUACCCCACGCUACUUCACACCAAGUGGUAGUAGAUCAAAAGGUUUGUAAUCCUCAACAAGAGAAUAAUCUUCAGCCUGAUUUGCCUAUUGAUUACAGUUUUGCUUGUGCUAAUUCUGUACCAAAUACUUUUGUGCUCCUAUCUACUGCUUUAGUUUAUGUUUAUGACAGCUGUUCAAGACCCAUACCCUGUAGAACCUUACUUGAUAGCGGGUCACAGUCUAAUCUUAUAUCAAAGGCCUUGUUUGAUAUCCUAAACCUCAAGUGUGAGAAGGUGCACAUCCCUGUUUGUGGUAUAAAUCAGGGAACAACCUAUAUUAAUAAGAAAACCUCAUUAACGAUUAAGGACUUAAGUAAGAGUCAUCAUUUUAAUCUGACUGCCUUAGUAAUCGAUAAAAUUACCGAUAAAUGUCCUCAGCAGACGCUAAAUGUAUCUAAUUUCAUUAUUCCCAAAGAAAUUACUCUGGCAGACCCCACUUUCUUUGAAUCCUCUGAAAUUGAUCUCCUUAUAGGAGCUAGUCUAUUUUAUGACCUGCUUAUUUCAGGUCAAAUGAAACUUGGAACAAGGAAUCCUAUCUUGCAGAACACCAAACUUGGUUGGGUAAUUUCUGGACCUUUGCAUGUUUCCAAGGGUUUUACACCCCUGAAAUCCAUAUCCGCGUUUUCCUUGAAUAAUGAGUUUGAGCUAAAACAAUCACUUGAGAAGUUUUGGCACAUUGAAGAACCCUUCCAUGAACCCUGUAAGUUUACCCCAGAGGAAAUGGAGUGUGAAUCCCAUUUUAAGAGUACCUUUACUCGAACUUCUUCGGGUAGAUUUGAAGUUAGUUUGCCCUUAAAAUGCACGGUAUCCAAACUAGGUGAUUCCCAAGAAAUUUCCAUGAAAAGAUUUUUGGCUAUUGAAAGAAAACUUACAAGGAACCCUGAACUUAAAUUCUCUUACACGCAAUUUAUUCAGGAAUAUGAAAAAUUAGGACAUAUGUCAAAAAUUAAUUCCCAAGAAAAAACGUCAGACCCCAUCUAUUACUUGCCGCACCAUGCCAUUGAGAAAUUGGACAGCACUACUACCAAGUUAAGGGUUGUGUUCGACGCCUUAUCUAAAACAACAACUGGCAUUUCUCUAAACGAUAUUCUAAUGGUUGGCCCCACUGUGCAAAGCGACUUGUUCUCCAUAAUCCUCAGAUUCAGAAAGCACAAUUAUGUGUUAUCAGGUGACAUCGCCAAGAUGUACCGACAAAUUCUUGUUAAGCCAGAGCAAAGGAAGCUUCAGCGCAUAGUGUGGAGAGACUCCCCGGAGUCGGAUCUCAACCACUAUGAAUUAAACACAAUUACCUAUGGCACAGCCAGUGCCUCUUUCUUAGCUACAAGAUGUAUACAACAAAUUUCGUUUGACAUCAAAGAUUCCUAUCCUUUGGAAAGUCACAUCAUUGCUCGUGAUAGCUACGUGGAUGACGUACUAACAGGGUGCAAUGACCUUGAAACCCUUAUAAAAGUAAGAUCCAACCUUAUAUCAAUUUUUCAAACCUAUGGGUUUGAAUUACGAAAGUUCUCAUCCAAUGAACCCAAAGUAUUAUCUAAUAUUUCAGAUAAGAAUUCUAUAGGUCAUAUCAUAAAUGACAAUCAAAGUUGCAAAGCAUUAGGUAUAUUUUGGGAUUCCCAGAAAGAUCAAUUUAUCUAUACCUCGAAGUUAAGCAAUUCUAUGGCUGUGGUCACGAAGCGUUCUAUCCUCUCAGCCAUAUCGCAGAUAUUUGAUCCUUUGGGCCUCCUCAGUCCAAUCAUAAUUCAAGGAAAGAUUCUUAUGCAGAAGCUAUGGCUGUUAAAAAUUUCAUGGGACGAGCCUCUACCCAAUGAUUUCUAUAAAAUUUGGUCCAACUUUUCCAAUCAGCUGUCCAAAGCAAACACCUUUAAAAUACAUCGACAAGUAACCUCCAAAAAUCCUAUUGAUGUUCAGAUCCAUGGGUUUUGUGAUUCCUCCAUAAAUGCUUAUGGAGCCUGUGUAUACCUUCGCUGCACCGACUCCGAUGGAAAAAUAUAUUGUAAUCUCCUCUGUGCAAAGUGUCUGUCACGUGUUGCUCCCCUUAAGGCUGUUUCACUGCCCAGGUUGGAGCUUUGCGGAGCACUUCUUUUAGCCAAGCUUAUAAAUAAGAUUCUCGAAACUCUAAGUUAUCCUAUAGGGGAGAUUUUUUACUGGACUGACUCAUCAAUUGUUCUUUGCUGGUUAAGUUUAGAACCUCGCACCCUUAAGACGUUUGUCUGCAAUAGGAUAUCUGAAAUUCAACAAAUAACAAAUAUCAACCAUUGGUAUCACGUGAUUUCGUCACAAAAUCCUGCAGAUAUCAUCUCUAGAGGUAUGAGCCCAGUUGAUUUGGAGAGUAAUAAUCUUUGGUGGCACGGACCCUCCUUUUUAUUGAAACAUAAAAGUUUUUGGCCUUCAAAUAACCAUGUGUCGAAUUACGCUCGACAAAAUACCGAGAAAUCUAAAAUAAUCGACAUUAAUCCUAAAUCCUUAAUAUUCUUUGCAAAGGAGAGCAAUGAUUUUGUUAUGAGCCUAUGCUCGAAAUAUUCCUCUUAUUCAAAGCUCAUUAAUGUAGUCGCUUAUUGUUUGCGAUUUCAUUUUAACUUAAAAUAUAAAGACAAAAGAAUUACUGGUGCCUUGUCCCAAACUGAGGUAAUACAAAGUGUCAAUUGCCUUGUAAGGUUAAUUCAGAGUUCCGCGUUUCCUGAAGACCUAUUCAGGCUUAAAAAUAAUAAGACGAUAAGGCCUAGUAGUAAGCUUAGUACUCUCAACCCUUUUCUUGACAGUGAUCUCCUCCUACGAGUAGGUGGUCGAUUAAACCAUUCUAAGCUAACGUUUAACCAAAAACAUCCUAUACUGAUACCUUAUAAUCAUCCCUUUUCUAAGCUUGUUGUCACCCAUGAGCAUAUCCGCAAUCUACAUCCAGGAACGCAAGCUACGCUGUCAUUUGUGAGGCAGCAAUUUUGGCCAACAAAUGGCAAGCAACUGGUUAAAUCAGUGAUUCGGAAGUGCAUAAUUUGUUUCAAGUACAAUCCUCGAUCAUUAAAGGCCCAAAUGGCAGCUCUACCCAGUGUCCGGGACUCCAAAUUUAAAAAUAGAAGGCUUCUUAAGUGCUAUAUUUGUUUGUUCGUGUGUUUGACAACCAAGGCAAUACACCUUGAACUAGCUACAGAGCUUACCACUCAAUCUUUUAUUUCUGCCUUUUUGCGCUUUGUAUCUAGAAGAGGUCUAUGCAAAAAUCUACAUUCUGAUAACGGUUCUAAUUUUGUUGGGGCUAAGAAUGAGUUUGACAAAAUUAACACUAUUUUAAGGGAUGAAAGGUUUCAAAAUGCGCUAAGGGAUAAUAAAAUUCAAUGGAGUUUUAUUCCUUCUCACUCGCCACACUUUGGUGGUCUUUGGGAAGCUUCGGUAAAGUCCACCAAACAGCAUCUUAAGCGUGUUUUAAAUAAUACUCCUCUACACUAUGAGGAAUUCUAUACCCUGCUUGUACAAAUCGAGGCCAUACUGAACUCCCGACCGCUCACUCCUCUCAGUGAUGACCCGAAUGACCUCGAGGCGCUGACACCAGGGCAUUUUCUUAUUGGUCGCCCUCUUAAUAAAUAUCCAGAGCUGGAUUUAUUGGACGUUCCUGAUGGUCGCCUCUCCAGGUAUCAGCACCUGCAAAAGAUGUCUCAGCACUUUUGGCAGAGAUGGUCUGAUGAAUUUCUGCAUACCCUGCACCAAAGGUUCAAGUGGAAGUCCAAGGUCAAGCCAUCGGAGCUAUUAGGUUCUCUGGUCCUAUUAAAGGAGGACAACCUGCCUUCCUUGCGAUGGAGAACAGGACGUGUUGUCGACUUGCAUUCUGGAAAUGAUGGAGCAGUCCGUGUGGUGAGUGUGCGAACUUCUAGUGGUGUUGUGAAGCGUUCUAUAACGAAGAUUUGUCCCUUGCCCAUCGAAUCCCCCCGUGACAUUCGCGAAAGUGAAUAA